UUUUCCUCUGCUACUUGAUCCAUUCCCUUUAAAACUAAUUUUACUAUUUGUAGAUUUUAACCCAUUAGAGAUAUAACAUAAUCUAAAUUGCCACUUCUACUUUUUAGGGACUAUGACCUUUCAAACAAUUACUUUGUCUUCUGUUACAAAGCCAUCUUUGUUAAUGAGAAAAUACAACAGAAAAAGAAAGAAGGAUACACAUUUUGGACAAAAGUUGCAAUAUAAUGGUUGUUUUAUGCACUUCAGUUUCUAGUGUUCUUCUAAACUCUAAAGUAGUUUAUAUUCCUAGGCAUCUAUGUGAAAAUGAUGUUAGGAGAGUUGGAUAACUCAUGUGAAGGAUUACAAUACAGAGAGUUGGUCCCACAAGUAACUUGGGACCAUUUUUGUGCAUGGUUUGUUUCAACUUACAAUGUAUCUGAGUUUGUUCUUCUGCUGUUUAUUUGUAUAUCUUGGUAUGGCUGCAUUAAUGGAAAAUGCGUCUUUAUAUCAAAGGCAGCUGCAAGUGGCAAUUGAGUCCGGUUUCUUAAGCUAUAUUAGUACAGCGUAUAAGCCCAGGCAUGAUGAUCCUCCCAAUGGUUUCAAAUUUGAAAUUAAUGAUGAAUCUUCUCCAACUGAGGGAAAUGCCCGAGCCUCCUUCAACCGAUUGUGCCCAACUUGGAAAGCUUUUUGUAAUAUCCGAGAGACUGGUGAAUCGCAACCAAAAUUGAUAAUCCUUUUGUUUCCUUUUUAAAUCUUGUUAGGCAGCGCAACUGUUAAAUUUUAAUAAACUCAGUUUGUUUAUAAGACAUGAUUUGUAUUGUAUAUAUCUGUUUUAUAUUUCUAGAUGUUAAUGUAAAGUUUUAACACAA